AUGUAUACAAAACAGAACCUUCAUAGUACAAACCUUCCAGCUAUCAAGAUUGACAAGGAUUCAGAAGCCACAGGAGAAACUAUACUAGUUGCGUUGAGGCGUGCCCUUAGUCAACAUUCUUCUUUGCAAGGACCGGAUGGGCAUUGGCCUGGGGGUUACAGUGGGAUUUUGUUCAUUCUACCACUCAUGAUAUUUGCAUUACAUGUCACACGAUCACUGAAUGAAGUUUUGUCAAUAGAGCAUAUACGCGAGAUAUGUCGCUACAUUUAUAACAUUCAGAAUGAGGAUGGAGGCUGGGGAACACACACCUUGGGACCAAGCUCCAUGUUUGGCACAUGCGUGAACUAUGCAACGUUAAGGAUUCUAGGAGAGGUGCUUGAUGGAGAAAAUGAUGCAUUAUCCAAAGGGCGUGCUUGGAUUUUGUCUCAUGGAAGUGCAACUGCAGCACCACAAUGGGCAAAGAUAUAUCUCUCGGUGAUAGGUGCAUACGAUUGGUCUGGGAACAAUGCAGUUAUUCCUGAGUUAUGGAUGCUUCCACAUUUUCUCCAAUUCAUCCCGGAAGACCUUAUCUAUCGCCCUUCAUGGUUGCAAUGUAUUGCAAUGGCUUAUUUAAAUAAGUUUAUAGAACCAUUAUCAAAUCUCUGGCCGAUGAAUAAGCUACGAGAAAGAGCUAUGAGCAACCUCAUGGAACAUAUCCACUACGAAGAUGAAACCAGCAACUAUGUUGGCUUAUGCCCUAUUAACAAGGCCUUAAAUAUGAUAUGUUGUUGGAUAGAAAAACCAAACUCCCAUGAAUUCAGACAACAUCUCCCAAGGAUUCAUGACUUUUUGUGGAUUGCUGAAGAUGGAAUGAAGUCAAAGGUGUAUGUUGGUUGCCACGGCUGGGAAACUGCGCUCAUAGUUCAGGCCUUUUGCUCAACAGGGCUUACUGAGGAGUUUUGUUCAACCCUUCAAAAAGCACACCAGUUCUUAAAAAAUGCACAGGUUAUUCAGAACAUUCCUAAUUACAAAAGCUACUACCGUGAAAGAACAAAAGGUUCUUGGACUCUGUCCAAUGGAGAAAACUUUUGGCCUAUUGCUGAUACUAAUGCUGAAGCACUAAAGGCAAUACUGCUGCUGUCUAACAUUCCUUCAGAACUUGUCGGGGAUCCAAUAAAACAAGAACGGCUGUAUGAUGCUGUUGAUUGCCUCCUUUCUUUCGUGAACAAAGAUGGUACAUUGUCAUCAGCUGAAUGUAAACGGACAACUCCAUGGGUGGAGUUUAUCAAUCCUUCUGAGAGUUUUCGUAAUAUCAUCGUCGACUAUCCAUAUCCUGAAUGCACAUCAUCAUUAAUACAAGCUUUAAUAUUGUUUAGAGACAAGUGUCCAAUGUAUCGUCGUGAGGAGAUAGACAAAAUUAUCAAAAGUGGUGCAUCGUUCAUUGAGAAAGUACAACGAAAGGAUGGGUCCUGGUACGGCUCUUGGGCUGUGUGUUUCACUUAUGCAACAUUCUUUGCUAUAAAAGGACUAGCUGCUGCAGGAAGAACAUACCAGAACAGUUUGCCUAUCAGGAAAGCAUGCAACUUCUUGUUGUCAAAGCAGCUAGCAACCGGUGGAUGGGGAGAGAAUUAUCUCGGUUGUCAAAUUGAGGAGUACGUUGAUAGUGGCAGGCCACAUGCAGUGAACACUGCACAGGCGAUGCUAGCUUUACUUUACGCUGGACAGGUUGAACAGGAUCCAGCGCCACUAUACCGUGCUGCAAAAGAAUUAAUCAACAUGCAGAUGGAGAACGGAGAAUUUCCCCAACAAGAAAUUGUUGGCAACUUCAACUCCUCACUUUUCUUUAAUUAUCCCAACUACCGGAACUUAUUUCCCAUCUGGGCUCUAGGAGAGUUUCGCCGUCGACUUCUUGCAAAAAAGAGUUAA